AUGUCAAGUAAGUUAAGACAUGACUUUUGAGUGUUCAGUAUUGUAUUCAUAAUAGUAACAGUUGCUACCUGUCAACUAGUUUUGUGAUCCUUUUUACCUCUGUAGAGGGAACUGCAUUCAUAUUCCUUUUACGCUUUUUUACUCAAUUUAUAUUAGUUUAGUGUUGGCCUUUCAACAACAUGGUGGUAACUAAAAACACUACAAUCCCUUCUGAUGAAGAUUUGACUGUUCAAGAAGUAGAUGUCAGUGGUGUCGUCUUGAGGGCUGCCUCAUUUCAUCUUGGUAAAUAUUGUGAAGAUGUCAAUAAUGAAUUCAUGCUUUGUAGGGGAGAAACUAAAGACAUUCGUAAAUGCCUAACCGAAGGUAAGGCUGUAACCAAUUGCUCGUUGGAGUUUUUUCAGAAGGUUAAGACCUCAUGUUUUCAAGAAUUCACCAACUAUUACAACUGCAUUGAUAAAAGUAGCCCUAACUAUCAGCUGGAACCUUGUCGAAAGACUCAGAAAGUAUUUGACAAAUGCAUGGUUGACAAUUUAAAUCUGGAACGACCACACUACGGCUACUUUUGCGAAGUUAAAGUUCAUGACUCACCAAGGCCUAAACCUGAAGCUGAGGUUAGAGUGUACGCUGACACUCCAGACAAAAUUGCUAUAGAUUCUCCUAAACCACCUGGAAAAUAUGGCUCAAGAAACAUGUUUUUUUAAGCAUGUAACAUCUUCAAGAGUUUUUUAGACGAAAAAGGAAAUAUAAACGAUAUUUUGUCCAUUUUAUCAGUGUACAUUGGAACAGCUAUUCCUUUUUUAGUACAAUGCUUAAUGUAACUUUUUAGCACAUUUAUAAAAAAAAAAACUAAAUACAAUGUCGCCAAAUUAACUUUAUGUAAAAAUUUAGUUUUGAGUUACAGCAAGCCUGUUAAAAGGUUAUUGAAGCCUAGGCCUAGAUUCUGUCAAUAAUUGUGCUGUUAGUUAAAUACUUGUUCGUUACUGGUACCUUUACAAAUAUAGUCCAUCAUGGUACUUAUUUAUGGUAAUUUUUCCUUUAUUCUUGUCCAUUAUUCCAUCUUCUAAGUUUAACCAUGUACGUUAAAUGCUUCCAAUCUCUUAAAUGCCAUAAACAUAUAUGCGUUAAGUUAAAGUGUGGACCGAUGCUUCUACUGAUGUAUUAAAUGAGGCGACUAUCAAACCGAUUAUGAUUUUCAUAACCAGUGCUAACCCAAAACAAACAAAAGGUUGUAAACAAAUCCAAUUUAACGUACCAUGAUGCAAGUUUACAACAGUUGACAAUUACUGAGUCAACAUUUUAGAUGUUAGCCCAAGUAUCUAACUUACAAAA